ACCUGAGCCGAAGUCGGCUGCCCAACCGACUGAGCCAUCCAGGCGCCCCAAGAUUUGAUUUUUAAGUAAUCUCUUAAAGACCCAAGGUGGGUGUUGAACUUACACAGCCUGGAGAUCCAGAGUUGCAGCCUCUACUGAGCCAGCCAGGCACCCCAUAAGGGUUCUUUAUAUAUUCUAGAUACAAGUCUUGUGUUAGAUACACAGUUUGUAAAUAUUUUCUCCCAUUCUGUGGGUUGCCUUUUUUUUUGAUGUCCCUUGAAGCACAAAAGUUUUAAAAUUCGAUAUGUCCAGUUUACCGUCUUAACCAAAUCUGAGUGUACCAUUUAGUGACAUCAAGUGCAUUACAUUCACCAUGUUGUGCAGCCAGUCACCACCAGCCGUCUCCACUGCCCUUCUCAUCUUGCAAAAUUGAAACUCUGUACCUAUUAAACAAUAACUCCCCAUUCUCCCAUACCCUCAACUGCCGGCAACCACUAUUCUACUUGCUGUCUCUGAAUUUCACUGUUCCAGGUGCCUCAUAUGAGUGGAAUCAUAUGUUUUUCCUUCUGUGGUUGACUUACUUCUCUUAGCAUAACGUUUUCAAGGUUCAUCCAUGUCAUAGCACAUCAGUCAAUUGAUUUUUGUAUGUUGAUCCUGUACCCUGCAGCUGUGCUGAACUUGUUUAUUAUUCCUACUAGUUGGGGUGUGUGUGUGUGUGUGUGUGUGUGUGUGUGUGUGUGUGUGUGUAUUUAGGACUCUCACUCUAUAUAUAACAUCGUAUCAGUGAAUAGAGAUGGUUUUAUAACUUCCUUUCCAGUCUCGGUGCUUUUUAUUUACUUUUCCUGCCCAAUUUUUCUGAAUAGAAUCUACAGUACAGUGUUGAAUAGAAGUUGGCAAGAGUGGACUUCUGUCUCGUUUCUCAUCUUGGAGGAAAAGCAUUCAGUCCUGACCAUUAUGUAUGUUAUGAGCUGGCAGCUUUUUGUAGAUGGCCUUUAUCAGAUUAAGGAAGUUUCCCUCUAUUUCUAGUUUGAGUGUUUUAACUUGUCAUGAAAGGAUGGAUUUUGUCAAAUGCUUUUUCUGUGUCUAGUGAGAUCACCAUGUCGUUUUUGCUCAUUGUUCUAUUACACUGUUGUAUUACAUCGAUUUUCAUAUGCUAAACCAACCUUGCAUUCCAGGGACAAAUCCCACUUGGGCACUGUGAUUAGUACUUUUUAUACGUUGCUGGAUUGGGUUUAUUAGUCUUCUGUUGACGACUUGUGUCUGUAUUCAUAAGUGUUAUUGGUCUGUAGUUUUGAUAUCUUUGUCUUCUUUUGGUACCUGGUACUUUGGUCUGGUUUGGAAUCUAGGGUCUUGAAUUGUUGUUCUGGCAUCUACCUCAUUUUUCAUUGUGCUGUAAUAAUUGUUUUUAUGUAUUCGGUUCUGUUUUCAUUUUGUCUUUUUAAUUUUUUUCCAUCUUUAUAAAGGCAGGAUUGACAAUUGAAAUAAUUUCAUCCCCACCCCACCAGUGGUUAGCGCAUUGCCCUUGUGUGCUGUUGUUUGUUUUUAAGAUACUGAAACCUAACUUUGUGUAAGUCGAAUGUGUACAGUGUGCUGAUACAAUGUUUAUAUAUUGCAGUGUGAUUACCACCAUAGUGUUAGCUAACACCUCUAAUCAUGUCACAUAAUUAGCAUUCCUUCUUUGUGCGAACAUUUGAGAUCUAGUCUUUUAGCAACUUUGAAGCGUAUACUACAGUAUUGUUGGCUAUAAUCACUCUUCUGUUCAUCAGAUUUCCAGAAUUUACUCCUGUUCUAAUUGCGGGUUUGUAUAUUUUAACGACUUCUCCCCAACCCCCCCAUUCCCUGGCUCCUGGUAACCACCGUUCUGCUUUGUUUCUAGAAGUUCAGCUUUUUUUAGAUUCCACAUCAAAGUGAUAUCUAUAGUGUUUGUCUUUCUCUGUUGACUUCUUUCACUUAGCACAAUGCCCUAAGGCCCAUCUAGUUAUUGCCAAUGGCAGAAUUUCCUUCUUUCUUUCGGCUGAAUAGUAUUCCGUUGUGUACACACCCACACACAUCCCACAUCGCCAUCAUUCACUGAUGGACACUUAGGUUGUUUCCAUAUCUUGGCUAUUGUGAAUCAUGCUGCAGUAAACAUGGGAGUGCAGGUAUCUUUUUGAUAUCUUGUUUAUAUUUCCUUUGGAAAUAUACCCAGAAGUGGGAUCACUGGGUCAUCGGUAGUUGUAUUUUUAAUUUUUUUUGUAAGUUUAUUUAUUUUGAGAGAGAGAGCACAAGUGGGGGAAGAACAGAGAGAGAAUCCCAUGCAGGCUCCACACUGUCAGGCACAGACGCAGAUGUGGGGCCUGAGCUCAUGAACCAUGAGAUCAUAACUUGAGCCCAAAUCAAGAGUCAGACGCUUAACCAACUGAGCCACCCAGGCGCCCCUGUAUUUUUAAUUUUUUGAGGAGCUUCCAAACUGUUUUCCAUAGUGGGUUCACCAGUUUACAUUCCCAGCAGUGCACAAAAGGGUUCCCUCUUCUGCCUGUUCUCACCAAUGCUUGUUAUCUUUUGUCUUCUUGAUGAGAGCCAUUCAGAGAGGUGCAUCAGGUCUGUUUUCUGCCGUAUGUUCUCCCUUCUUCAGUUUGCACCCUUCCUUGUGUCCUAACCUUAGCCUUAUUUAGUACAGGAUUUUGGAUCUCAGUCUUGUAGCUAAUGAGGAGUGUACACUUAUUAUGUGUGUCCAUUAAGCACUUUCUCUGCAUUACCUAAUUUAACCUUCACAACAACCCUUGGGAGGAGGUAUAAUUUGAGACUUCUCAUAAAGGGGGAGAUGGAGGUUUGAGAGAAAAGAAACAAGUUGCUUACACAAGUAGAUAUUGGAGAUUGAAGCGCUUAAGUAGGAUCGUCCUUAUGUAGAAUGUGGGUAGAAGAGUGGAAAGAACACAUAUUUGGUGGUGGGGAUCGGCUUAGAGUGUUAGUAAAAAGCAAGGAAGCAGGAGUUUAAUUGCAGUGCCCAGUGCUGGGGAGCACAGUACAAGUAGAACUGGUUUUUGCCUUCAGAGCAGCAAGUAGUCCUAUUUGGAAGAGUGAGAUUAACAUCUGAAACAAUUAGAAAAUGAGCAUCGUUUAAUUAGAGGUCAAGAGUGAGGUUUGUGUGAGUUGGAAAGAAUCCUGAAGGAACUAGUAAUUAAGCCUCAGAAGAGUAGAGUUUAGGAGAGUAGUUUAGCAAACCAGGUUUUGGGUCAGCCUUACCCGACUACCAUAUACCAUACAAGUCACUUAGACUUUCUGAUCAUUGGUUUCUUUAAGUUUCAAAUGGGAAGAGCAUCAGUUCUGUGUGUCAGAAUUGCAGGUUCAAAUAGAUAAUCUCUCAGAGCACUUGUAGACUAUAGGGUGCUUCUGUCAUUGUGGUGGGGUGUCUGUUCUCCUGUUUCUAAUUUCACCGACUGUCCUCAACCUGAGCUUUUUAUUUUGAGGGCUUAAAAAAAAAAAAGUUUAUAUGUUUAGAGGGAGCGUGGGCGGCGAGGGCAGAAUCCCAAGCAGACUCCACACUCAGCGUGGAGCCCACCGUGAGGUUCGAUCCCAUAACCUUAGAAUCAAGAGUUGGAUGCUUGACCAACUGAGCCACCCAGGUACCCCUGAGCUUUUAAUUUUAAAAUAAUUUCAGAUUUAGAGAAAUUUUACAAGAAUAGAUCAAAGAAUUCUUGAGUAUCCUUCACCUGUAUUCCUCAAAUGCUAACAUUUAACCACAUUUGUUUUAUCAUUUUCUCUUUUUACAUCUAUACUGCUUUUUUUCUGAACCCUUUUAGAGUGACUUGGAAGCAUGUUGCCUCUUUAGCCCCAAAAACUUUUAUGUAGUUAUUUCCUAAAAUCAACGACAUUUCUUAAUAACUGUAUAGUACCAUUAUCAAAAUUGGGGAAGUAAUAUUGGUGCAGGUCUUAAGAGUAAAGCUAUAGACCUUACUCAGAUUUUGCCAGUUGUCUCAAUAAUGCCUUUUAGAGCAAAUAAAAAACAAAACAAAACUGUUCUCAUUGGAGAUUCAGCCCAGGAACACAGUUUGCAUUUAGUUUUCAUGUUCAAUUAGUCACCGGCAUUCUGGAAGUUUCUCAGUCUUUGUUUUUUAAGACCUUGAAAUUUUUUAAAGAGUACAGGCUAGUUAUUUGGUAGGAUGUCCCUCAUCCAUAUUUGUGUGUUGUGUCCUGUUAGUUAGGUUUUUUUUUUUUUUUUUUUCGGGGCACCUGAGUGGCUCAGUCGGUUAAGUGUCUGACUUCGGCUCAGGUCAUGAUCUCACGGUUCGUGAGUUCAAGCCCUGUGUCGGGCUCUGGGGUGAUAGCUCAGAGCCUGGAGCCCGCUUCGGAUUCUGUGUCUCCCUCUGUCUGCCCCUCCGCUGCUUGCACUCUGUCUCUCACAUUGUCUCAAAAAUAAAUAAACAUUAAAAAGUUUUUUUCUAAUUUUUUUUUUUUUAUUUUAGAGAGACAGGGAGAGAGAGUGCAUGGGAGUAAGGGAGAGGAGUAGAGAGGGGGAGACAGAGGGAGAAUCCCAAGCACGCUCGACACCCAGCUCCAUGCAGGGCUCGAUCCCAUGACUCCAGGACUAUGACAUGACCCAAGCCUAAACCAAGAGUUGGAGGCCCAACUGACUGAGCCACCCAGGUGUCCCAGGUUAUGCAUUUUGGGCAGGAAUAGCACAGAAGCAGUGUUGUGUUUUGCCUGGUGCAUUGUGUCAGGAGGCCGAUGAUGUUCAUCUAUGCCGUUACUGGUGACGGUAACUUCAGUUACUUGGUUAAGGUGGUGUAUGUCAGGUUUGUAAUUGUAAAGUUAGGAUUUUUCCUUUUGUAAUUAAUAAUUAUAUUCUUGGGAGAACUUUGAAACUAUGUAAAACAUCUUGUUUCUCACCAGGAUUCUUGCCUCAGUCAAUGGAUUGCCAAAUAGUGACUUUCCAAGGCCAUUAUUCUUUCCGUAUUUGUUGACAUUCUGCUGUAAGAUCUUUCCCUUUACCCUGUGCAUUUAUCCAUCCGCGCAUUUAUUAAUAUCAUUAAGAUCUCCCAGAUUCUUAUUUUCUUUGGUGGAUUGUAAUCCUUGACUUGAAUUAUUUGGUGCUCAGAUUAUGAGGCCAGGGGAAGCCCCCUUCAGGCUUACCCUCUUACUUUUUGAAGAGAUCCAGACUCGGUAUCAUCUGGAUAAUGCAUCGCUAUCUCUGUCUUAUUUUCCCUUCAUUCUUUUUUUUGUUGUUAAGUUACUUAUUUUGAGAGAGAGCGAGCACUCAAAUGCACACACAAGAGAGUGCCAGGGAGGGGCAGAGAGAGAGGAAGAGAGAGAAACCCACACAGGCUCCAUGCUGUCAGCAUGAUGCGCUCAAACCCACGAACCAUGAGAUCAUGACCUGAGCCAAAAUGAAGAGUCAGACACUUGACCAACUGAGCCACCCAGGCUCCCCUUCCUGUAAUUCUUAACCAGAAGAUACGCAGACUCUUCACUGCCACCUGUGCCUCUAAAGCUAAGCUGUCUGUGCUCUAUGGUUCAAAAUCAGAUAGUAUCUAGAAAUAUACAUUAUUACCAUCCUGAUAUUUUUUUAUUAGUUUGUGUGUGCUUCCAGAAUUUCCUUACGCAAAUAAAACACAAGGGGAUAUGUAUUUUUAUCUCUUCCUAUUAACACAAAACAUAGUAUACUGAAUCUUACAGUUUUGUUUUUUUUUUUUUCCCAACUAACUGAAUACCUUCCAGAAUCUUUCAUACCAGAACAUGGGGAUCUUACCUGUUUUAUAGCUGCGUAGUAUUUCAUUAUAUGGAUGUAUCACUUUUAUUGCACUCCUUCAGUAUGUGUGGCUAUUAAACUGCCUGUGACUCUAAACUAGGCUCUCUUGUGUCACCCCAUCUGCUGUCACUUUCUCUGAUACUUAUAUUCCCUAGCCCCUUUUAUCUGCAAAUAAGUUCUAGUCUUUAUUUUAUUUUAUAUGUUUAUUUAUUUUGAGAGAGAGCAAGGGAGAAGGGGCAGAGAGAAAGAAUCCCAAGUAGGCUCCACACUGACAGCACGGACACGGGUUUGAGCCAUCAUAUGGAGCUCAAUCUCACAAACUGAACUGUGAGAUCAUGAUCUGAGUCGAAAUCAGGAGUCAGAUGCUCAACUGACUGAGCCAUCCAGGCGCCCCUAGUCUUCUUAUUUUAAAAACAAUCCAAAAAACUUCAUUUUUAUUGUGUUCUCUUUAUAUCACUGCCAAAGUUUUUGAAAAACUUGUCCAAACCCCUGAUUUCAUUCUUACCUAUUUUUGCUGCAUUUGGGUUUCCAUCUCUACUAUGUGGUGAAAUUAUUGUUUUGAAGGUUACUAGUGACUUUGUACUGUGUAGUGCUAGACUGGCUUUGGUGAUUAAUUUACGUGUAGGAGGACGAGGAGGAGAAAAGAAAAGGGAGGGUUGGCAAGCAGAUAGAAAAAGGGGAAGCAGGAAGGCUGGGAGAAAAUAGAAUAGACAGUAAGGGGAAAAGUAGGAGAACAGCAUUUUUGGCAGGAGAUGUGAAAUAUGUUUUCAUAACCAGCUUGUCACAUACAGCUGGCUUCUGUGUGCUGAUGAGCUGGCUUAUGGUAGGUUGCUGACUGGCAGGCUAGUUAGGCCCUGUGGAAAGCUGCCUCCCCCCCUCAGUCUUCUAUUCUCUGAAGCAAGAUAUAACCUCUUGUCCCGUUAUAGAAUUACCAUCUCAACACCAGAACCUCCACUUUUAAAUGUUUGCUCUCUAAAAUCUGGAGGUAUCAUCAUUAACAUGCUUCUCGUCAUUCUUAUUAAUACCAUCAACUAUUCCAGCGUCUUAUGGUUACCUUGGUGUGGUGAUCUUUGCUUUUCAUUUCCGGUCCACUGCUGUGGCUCAGGACAUUGCAUAUUUACUCUAAGUAUUGCAAGAGGCUUGUCACCCUAUUUAGCAAUUUAUUUCCUACUUUUAUCUAACUUUUCCUCCUUUUUUCUGAAAUUUCCUCUGAGUACUGGUCCCUGAAAUCACGAUGCUAACAAAUCUCUAUGCUUUGCCGUGUCUGUGCCUUUCUGUCCUCCCUUGCCUGAAAGGCCCACCUCUCUGUCUGUAGAAAACUCUUCAGGAUCCUUUAAGAUCACCUUCUUGAAGCUUUCCAUAGCUGUAACAGCUCGUAUGCAUGUCUUAUUUUCCUAAACUUGCUUACAGCCUCAUCAGGCCGUGCGCAGGGCAGAGCCUGCUUGGGAUUCUCUCUCUCCUUCUCUCUGCCUCUCCCCCACCCCUCAAAAAUAAAUAAAUUGAUUUAAAAAAAAUAAAGUCAUGUUUUAUGCUUAGGUUCUCCUAGUGCGCAGAGACUGCUUGGCUUAUAGGACAUUUUUAUUGGUAUAGUGAUUAAUCAUUGUAUAGGCUGUCACUAAAUAAUUUUGGGUGCAGAGUCAACUGGGUACCUUGAGGGUCUGCUCCCCUCUGCUUCCCUACUGUACUGUGGAAAAUGUGUGCCUUUUAGUGGGAUUUUCUUUUUGUUUUUCCAACAAAUGAUUUAGUGAUCUGAAUGUUGACCUUCUUUUGACUCGGCAAUGUGUCUUAGGGACCUUUCUCUGUAAAGCCAUGUUUGUCAGGUGGUCCCCAAGACCACCUUCAGGUUUGAUGAUUCCCUGGGAUCCGGCAUCUAGUGGUACUCGUGGCUGUGAUUUAUUACAGCAAAACUAUCAGCAAAGAGAAAAGGCACACUGGGCAAAAUCCAGAGGAAACUAGGUGCAAGUUCCAAGAGCUCUCUCCCUGUCGUGUCACACAGGGCAUGCUUCAUUUUCUAGCACCAAAUUGUGACAACAUGUGUCAGAUGUCUUCCAGGAAAGCUCCUUAGAAAUUCAGUGCCCAAGGUUCCUGUUAGGGGUUGGUGACAGAGGUGCUGUCUGCCAACAUGUACCAAAAUUCCAGAUUCCCAAAAGGAAAGCACAACUGUGCCUUUUCAGCAUGAUCUGUAUGGCUUGUACAGUUUACCAUUAUCAGUUAGGGAAUGGUGGGAACCUCUCUGAAACCCAGGUUCCUUGACACCAUCCGAGGGCCAGCCUUUCUAAGGAUCACCGUCUCAGACCUGCUGUGUCAACUCUUUCCUGCACACUGUAGAAGUCUACAACCCCCUUUCGUUUCUUAAACUACUGGGUAGGAUUCCACGGUAAGAGUACAUUAUGGUGUGUUUAACUUUUCUCUGUUGAUGGGGUUUUAGGCUAUUUUGCAGUAUCUGUUUUUGUACAGUUUCUUUUUUAUGGGCUUAGAUUGGAAUCUAUGGGUCAUAACAUAGUGACAUUUGAAAAUUUGAUAUUAGAUACUUAUAAAUUGUUCACCUGUGGGCUCUAUUAGUCCAUACUCCCCACAGCAGUUUACAAGAGUAUCCUUUGGAAGUGAUUACUUUUGGUGAUGUUCAUGUUGGGGAUGUAGGAAAAACGGACCAUCAAGCAUCAGGAAGAGCAGGACGAGGAAGGGCAUUCUUGAUCCUGGCUGUGUCCUGCUUGCCAUCAUGGGCACUCGCCUUACCCAUUCUCUUUCUGCUCCCACGACUCCUGUUCUUACACUUUUGCUCCUUCCUCUGUCUCUAAUCUCCCUCCAUAUUGCCUUGCCUUUAAUCAUUCAUGUGGAGGCUUGUAACUUGUUUUUGUCUUUUAUUAUGGAAAAUUUCAAACAUACACAGAUAAGAACAGAACAAAGAAGCUACGGGCACCCAUUACUCAGUUUCAGCAGUUGCCAACGUGCCAAUCAUGUUGCACUUUUCUCUUGUCCUUUUUUGGGGGGAUGGGGUGGGGCUUGGAGUAGUGAAAGCAAAUCCUGGACAUUAUGGAGUUUUAAACAUUUCUUUGGUACUAAUUUGUAAAAGUAACGUACCUGUAAUGUAACAUUUCAAAUUGAGAUAUGCUUUUUUAAAAGUCUGUUUAUUUAUUUAGUUAAAUAAUCUCUGUACCAGUGUGGAACUUGAACUCACGACCCCAAGAUCGAGUUGCAUGCUCUUUCAACUGAGCCAGCCAGGAACCCCUGGGAUACACUUUUUAAAAAACUUAAUAAUUUCCUUAGAUACUUGGUCCAGUUGUGAGGUUACUCUGAUGUUCCUAGUUCAGGAGGAUAUUUCCUCGUGACUUUCUCUAAAUUCCUAUAAAGUUGUUCAAGCACAUAUAAACAGCUUGAAAAAAGUAUGGGAUAACAUUGUUCACAUUUUUGCAACUUGCUUUAUAUAUUUAUAUGUCUACACACACACACAAACACACACACACACACACACACACUAACAUUCCUAGGGCGGUUGGCAUGCUCACUUGGUGGAGUGUGCAACGCUUGAUCUUGGGAUUGGUGGUUUUGAGCCCCACGGUGGGUGUAGGGAUUACUUAAAAUAAUUAAAUCUUACAAAAUAAAAUUUAAGAAGGACCAUUCCUUCAAGUCAGUAAACAAACAGAGCAACUCCUUUUCAAUACAAUGUGCUAUGCUAACCGAGAGGAUAGCCAUUUCUUUGUUGAUAGACAUUCAGUUUCCGUUGUGAACCUCUCAGUGAACUUUGAUAUGCAUAUGGCCUUGCAUACUGUGGGUUUAUUAUCAUCAGAUACAUUCUACUGAAUGGGUUGGCUGUCUGGAAUGUAUAUAACUUCAGUUGUUAAAACACCACAGUACUUUCCAGUAGUUUUCCACCAGCAAUAGAAGAGAGAACCUUUUAACUCUCACUCUUGCCAGAACCAGAUAUUACUCUUGAACAUUUUUGCCAAUAAAAUUAGUAAAAGAAAAAAAGAUAUAACGUUAUAGUUUUCAUCUUUUUUUUAUUGUUUAUUUUAUUUUUGAGAGAGAGAGUGUGUACAAACGUGGGGAGGGGCAGAGAGAGAGGGAGACACAAUCCAAAACAGGCUCCAGGCUCUGAGAUGUCAGCACAGAGUCUGACGCGGGGCUCGAACUCAAGAACCAUGAGAUCAUGGCCUGAGCUGAAUUCUUAUACUGGCACAUGCAGGCUUGGUUCACUACUGGAAAAUUCAUCAAUACAAUUAAUUGUACCUGCCAGCAGAAGACAAAAAUCAAAUCAUUAAAUUCUGCCCCUGAAACCAAUAUUAUACUAUAUGUUAACUAAGUAGGAUUUAAAUAAAAAUCUGAAAAAAAUAAAAAAGACAAAAAUCAUAUAAGUGUUUCAAUAGAUACAGGAAAGAAACCUAACAAAAUCUAGCAUGCACACAUGACCAAAUCUCUUGGCAAACCAGAAACCUAGAACAGCCUUUUACUUUGUGAAGAUCAAAAUGUACUCAUUUAAUAUUAAUGCUUGAAAAAAAUUGUUAAUGUUUAAUUUUUUAACGCUUAUCAUUCACACAUGGCUCAAAAAUUAAAAUACUAUGAAAAGGUUUGUAGUGAGAGCCUUCCUCCCAUCCCCCAUCAGCCCAGGUCCUCCCUCCUCCUCCCCACAGCCACUGUUUGUUUCUUAGGUGUUCUUUCAGAAUCAUUUCGUACACAUACAGGGGAAUGAGAGCACGUAUCCUCUCUCUUGCUUUUUACACGAAUGAUAGUGUCCUGCGUAUUCUGUCGUGCUCCUGGCAUUUUCCGUCAUGAGUUUUUUCUAAAGGACAGACGUUUUUGCUAAUUUCUGGUAGCCUUCUAGCUACCUUCCUACUUCUCUCAGCUAUUGAACUCCUCUGAUGUGGGCCUUACAGCCGUUCACUAGUUGUAUCUAGUUGUGUCUCCCACAUCACCCUCCCACAAACAUUCACGAAACAAAUGCCGUCAUCGCUCUGUUAAAGAUCACCAGUGCCCAGUCCCCUCUUGUUCAGACCAGUGGCUGUGCAGUCUUUGUCUUUGAUUUUUUUGCCGUUCUUGCUCCUGAUGACAUAGCCAUGGAAGUGUUCUUGUAAAACGUGGAAGGAAAUGAGGAAAGGAUUGUGGAGGCACACAGUCUGGGGAAAAGAUACGCUGUAAGUAAGAAGGUCUAUCACGGAACCUGUCUAAAGCCAAAGGAUUUCUUCUCUGUGGCUCCUGAAAGGCACUAGCAUUUUACUUUGGGAGGUUUCUUGCUGGAGAGGAAAGACCAGGACUUUGAGAGCCUUGAUUUGAAUCUUGACUCUACCCUGCACUAGCUGUAUGACCUUGGACCAUUCAUUUCUUUCUGAGCUUCAGUCUCUUCAUUUAUAAAAGGCUACAUCUUUAUCAUUUUUUAACAAGUGGUAACUAUAAAUGGGAAAAUAUGCAUAAAGUGCCCAGCAGAGUCAUGGACAUUUUAGUCACUCCGAGGUUUGUUCUCAUUCCUAGAUCCAGAGCUUGCAGAUUUGGGUGUCCUGCGACUAGCCUGCAAGGAAUGAAUGAUUACUGAUUGGAAUGUUUUCUUUGUGGAGCAUGUGUCAAGUAUGAUGGACCACGUAGAUCAAUCAGAUCCAUCACCCCUUCCUCCUUUUGAUAGAUCUGUAAAAUGAUAGAUGUCUUAAAUAAAUCUCUGCUCGCAUUUAAAUCCUGAAAGCCAAAGUGUUUGGGCACAGGUAGGAUAUUUCUAUAUUUUUUCACGUGGCUUUCUGAAGGAGGAGGCGUGGGUCAAGUGUGGUCAGUUGGCUGUGGUGACCGUGCUGAAGAACAGAACUUUCCCCUGUGCUUAGAGUAGCAGCUGAUACUGUAAUACCUCCCAAGAGCUAACGUGCUGCAUCUUGUAAGUACGAAUGCCACCAUUUGGGGCCAGAAACACACCUGCUAACCUCAUCAGAAAGCCUCCAAAAUGAAAUUUGAGAAGAGGGACAAAACUCCGGAUAAAUAGCAAAGGAGCAUGCCGUAGAGUAGAAUAAUACUGACCUAGGACAAGGGUGGAAAGCAUCUGCUCUGUAAUACUUACAGGAGGACACGGAGAGCAGACGCUGGGGGUUCCUGAUGUUUCUGCACAAGAAGUGUCCGUAGACUCUUGACAAAAGUAAAUACAGUCGUGGUGCCGCUGAGAAUUGGUGAGAGGAGCUUCUAACUAGGCAUUUGAGUGCUUGCUAGAGGCACCAUGUUAAGUAAGCACUCCUCAUUAAAUCCUUACAAAAUGUUAUGAAGUAGAUGUCUGCAGAAACUAAUCUCCAAUUUUAAUGAAGACACUGAGGCUGAAGAAUGUUCAGUAGUUAGAGGUAAUAAUCUGGUCUUAAUGGGUAACAUGACGGUGAUGUAACUUAAUUUGUUUGCUGAUUUUACUUUCUCCUGUGCUGUGGCUGUCUCGAUCCCCGACUUCCCCAGGGUUACAGAGAGCUUGCGCACUCUACUUGCCUCCCAGACACGGAAGAGGCGAAAGAGUGAGUCAUGGUUGUAGUUGGCAUGACCCUGUUGCGCUACUCCAUCAGCCACACGACAGUUCUACUUGGAACAAAACGACAACAGAUUACAGCAACCGUUACACUCUUCUUCCAGCUUCUAACUGAUUUUAUCGGUCAUGUACGCAACUUCACUAAAUUACCAUCUGUCAUACGUAAUGUCCUCAUUUUGUUUUUCACUGUCUACCUGCAGCUCCUCUCUGUUUCUUCCAUCCACAAAGCCAGCUUAAGUUUUGUGUGAUCUCACUGCACUACACCUGCAGCCCUUUUCCAGUUUCUUAGGUAUUUGCUGGUCUUUCUCAUCUUAUCUUCUGCAUCCCCACUGUCAUAUGCAUUUCAGCCUUGAUCAAUUAUUUGCAGUUCCCCAUGUCCAGCUCAUGUUCCUUGAACCUUGUCUUGUCUGCCUGAUAUUUAUAAUGUCCCCUCUGGGAAGCUUCCUCAGGGCAGAGUUAGGUACUUUCUUUUUGUGUGAUUUUCUUCAAGUAUCUGAUUUUUGGUCGCCUGUUGAUAUUAUGGAUGAAGGUUUAGGUUCUAGAAUCCAGGGGGAUUAAUAUGGGUUAACUAGAGUGAGUGUCCUCUAACUUUUCCUCCAACUUUCCUCAUUACCCAGAGGCUCCCACCUCGAACGGAAGGAUGGAUACUGAGUCUAUCUGAAAAGGGUGUUGAUUGCCAGGAUUUACUGGUGUGAUGGAGAGUAGUUUCCAAUAAAGAAGACUUUGAUCUGGGGUCCCAAACCCCUUGAAGGAGUCCUCCCUGCCUCCUGCCAAGGGAUUUAGUGCAAGAAGAAGAACAGUUGAUGGAAGAAAAGAAAAAGAAAAAAGACGACAAGAAAAAGAAGGAAGCUGCUCAAAAGAAGGCCACUGAACAAAAAAUCAAAGUGCCAGAACAGAUAAAGCCCAGUGUAAGCCAGCCUCAGCCUGCCAACUCUAAUAACGGCACUUCCACAGCAACCAGCACUAAUAAUAAUGCCAAGCGAGCCACAGCCAACAAUCCGCAGCAGCCGCAGCCGCCGCAGCAGCCACCACAGCCGCCACAGCAGCCGCAGCAGCCGCAGCCGCAGCCGCAGCCACCACAGGCCUUGCCUCGGUAUCCUCGGGAAGUACCACCACGAUUUCGCCACCAGGAACACAAACAGCUUCUAAAGAGGGGUCAGCAUUUUCCUGUCAUAGCAGCAAACCUGGGAUCUGCUGUUAAAGUGUUAAGCAGCCAGUCAGAAAGCAGUGCUUUAACAAACCAACAGCCACAAAAUAACGGAGAGGUGCAGAACAGCAAAAACCAGUCAGAUCUAAACCACAACACUUCAGGAUCCCAUUAUGAAAAUUCGCAGCGGGGACCUGUGUCUUCUCCGAGUGACUCUAGCACAAAUUGUAAGAAUGCUGUUGUGAACGACUCCCCUGAGAAAGAAGUAUGGCCCUCAGUCCCUGGCAGUGAUCCAGAGUUGGCUUCAGAAUGUAUGGAUGCUGAUUCUGUCUCCAGUUCUGAAUCAGAGAGAAACAUCACUAUCAUGGCUUCAGGGAACACAGGUGGUGAAAAAGAUGGCCUUCGGAAUAGCACUGGACUUGGUUCCCAAAACAAGUUUGUGGUUGGUAGCAGCAGCAAUAAUGUGGGCCAUGGAGGUAGUACUGGGCCAUGGGGUUUUUCCCAUGGAGCCAUAAUAAGCACAUGUCAGGUCUCUGUGGAUGCUCCUGAAAGCAAAUCAGAAAGUAGCAACAAUAGAAUGAAUGCUUGGGGCACUGUAAGUUCUUCAUCAAAUGGAGGGUUAAAUCCAAGCACUUUGAAUCCAGCUAGCAACCAUGGUGCCUGGCCAGUAUUAGAAAACAACGGACUUGCCCUAAAAGGGCCUGUAGGGAGCGGUAGUUCCGGCAUCAAUAUUCAGUGCAGUACCAUAGGCCAGAUGCCUAACAAUCAGAGUAUUAACUCUAAAGUGGGUGGCUCUGCCACCCAUGGUACCUGGGGAAGCCUUCAGGAAACUUGUGAAUCUGAAGUAAGUGGUACACAGAAGGUUUCAUUCAGUGGUCAACCUCAGAAUAUUACCACUGAAAUGACUGGACCAAAUAACACUACUAACUUUAUGACCUCUAGUUUACCAAACUCCGGUUCAGUACAGAAUAAUGAACUGCCUAGUAAUACAGGGGCCUGGCGUGUGAGCACAAUGAAUCCUCCUCAGAUACAGGCUCCGUCAGUUAUGAAUGGCACUUCCCUUUCUCACCUUAGCAAUGGAGAGUCAAAAAGUGGAGGCUCUUACGGUACUACGUGGGGUGCCUAUGGUUCUAAUUACUCUGGAGACAAAUGUUCGAGCCCUAACGGCCAAGCUAAUGGUGACACUGUGAAUGCAACUCUAAUGCAGCCUGGCAUGAAUGGGCCUGUUGGCACUAACUUUCAAGUUAACGCAAAUAAAGGAGGAGGCGUGUGGGAGUCCGGGGCAGCGGGUUCCCAGAGUGCGUCAUGGGGAAGCGGGAAUGGCGCCAGUUCUGGAGGAAGUCGAAGAGGGUGGGGAGCUCCCGCACAAAACACUGGCACUAAUCUACCCGGCGCGGAGUGGAGCAAACUGCCUAGCAAUCAGCAUUCCAAUGACAGUGCAAACGGCAAUGGUAAGAAGUUUACAAACGGAUGGAAAUCUACUGAGGAAGAGGAUCAGGGUGCUGCCACAUCCCAGACAAACGAGCAGAACAGCGUGUGGGCCAAAACAGGAGGAACAGUGGAGAGUGAAGGUAGUACAGAAAGCACUGGACGCCUCGAGGAAAAAGCAACUGGGGAAAGUCAGAGUAGAGAUAGGAGGAAAAUUGAUCAGCACACAUUACUCCAAAGCAUCGUGAACAGGACUGACUUGGAUCCACGUGUCCUCUCCAACUCUGGUUGGGGACAGACUCCGAUUAAGCAGAAUACUGCCUGGGACACCGAAACUUCACCUAGAGGGGAAAGAAAGACUGACAAUGGGACAGAGGCCUGGGGAAGCUCUGCCACACAGACUUUUAACUCAGGGGCGUGUGUAGAUAAGACUAGCCCUACUAGUAACGAUACCUCAUCUGUAUCGGGGUGGGGAGAUCCCAAACCUGCUCUGCGGUGGGGAGAUUCCAAAGGCUCGAACUGCCAGGGGGGAUGGGAAGAUGAUUCUGCUGCUACAGGAACGGUCAAGAGCAAUCAGUGGGGGAACUGCAAAGAAGAGAAGUCCACGUGGAAUGAUUCGCAAAAGAGCAAACAGGGAUGGGGUGACGGGCAAAAAUCAAACCAAGGGUGGGCCGUGUCCGCCAGCGAUAACUGGGGAGAAACUUCAAGGAGUAACCAUUGGGGUGAGGCUAAUAAGAAAUCUAGCUCAGGAGGUAGUGACAGUGACCGGUCCGUUUCCGGUUGGAACGAACUUGGUAAAACUAGUUCUUUUACUUGGGGAAAUAACAUAAAUCCAAAUAAUUCAUCAGGAUGGGAUGAAUCUUCUAAACCUAAUCCUUCCCAGGGAUGGGGAGAUCCUCCAAAGUCUAAUCAGUCUCUAGGUUGGGGAGAUUCGUCGAAGCCAGUCGGUUCUCCAGACUGGAACAAGCCACAAGACCUUGUCGGAUCCUGGGGGAUCCCGCCAGCUACAGGCAAACCUCCCGGUACAGGCUGGCUGGGAGGACCUAUACCAGCCCCGACAAAGGAAGAAGAGCCCACAGGCUGGGAGGAACCAUCCCCGGAAUCCAUACGUCGCAAAAUGGAGAUUGAUGACGGAACUUCGGCUUGGGGAGACCCAAGCAAGUACAACUACAAAAAUGUGAACAUGUGGAACAGAAACGUCCCGAACGGCAGCGGCCGUUCAGACCAGCAAGCACAGGUCCAGCAGCUGCUCCCGUCUGCAAGUGCCAUCUCCAGCAAAGAGACGGGCGGCGGCUCCGGCUGGGGUGAGCCCUGGGGGGAGCCUUCUACUCCAGCCACAACUGUGGAUAAUGGUACUUCAGCAUGGGGUAAACCCAUAGACAGUGGUCCCAGCUGGGGGGAGCCCGUUGCUGCGGCAUCCAGCACGUCCACGUGGGGCUCCAGCUCUGUUGGUCCUCAAGCGUUAAGCAAAUCUGGGCCAAAAUCUAUGCAAGAUGGCUGGUGUGGUGAUGAUAUGCCAUUGCCUGGAAAUCGCCCCACUGGCUGGGAAGAGGAAGAGGAUGUAGAGAUUGGAAUGUGGAAUAGUAAUUCAUCUCAAGAGCUUAACUCAUCUUUAAAUUGGCCACCAUAUACAAAGAAAAUGUCAUCGAAGGGUCUGAGUGGCAAAAAAAGGAGAAGGGAAAGGGGAACCAUGAAAGGUGGAAACAAACAAGAAGAAGCGUGGAUAAAUCCAUUCGUUAAACAGUUUUCAAAUAUCAGUUUUUCGAGAGACUCACCAGAAGAAAACGUACAGAGCAAUAAGAUGGACCUUUCUGGAGGAAUGUUACAAGACAAACGAAUGGACAUAGAUAAACAUAGCCUAAAUAUUGGUGAUUACAAUCGAACGGUCGGGAAAGGCCCUGGUUCUCGGCCUCAGAUUUCCAAAGAGUCUUCCAUGGAGCGCAGCCCUUAUUUUGAUAAGAAUGGCAAUCCCAGUAUGUUCGGUGUUGGAAACACAGCAGCACAAGCCCGGGGCCUGCAGCAGCCUCCAGCACAACCUCUUAGUUCAUCUCAGCCUAAUCUCCGUGCUCAAGUGCCUCCUCCAUUACUCUCCCCUCAGGUUCCAGUUUCAUUGCUGAAGUAUGCACCAAACAACGGUGGCCUGAAUCCGCUCUUUGGCCCUCAACAGGUAGCCAUGCUGAACCAGCUAUCCCAACUAAACCAGCUUUCUCAGAUCUCCCAGUUACAGCGAUUGUUAGCGCAGCAGCAAAGGGCGCAGAGUCAGAGAAGCGUGCCUUCUGGGAACCGGCAGCAGCAAGACCAGCAGGGUCGACCUCUUAGUGUGCAGCAGCAAAUGAUGCAGCAGUCUCGCCAACUGGACCCCAACCUGUUGGUGAAGCAACAGACCCCGCCAGCUCAGCAGCAGCCACUCCAUCAGCCAGCCAUGAAACCUUUCCUCGAGAACGUCAUGCCCCACACUACACCCGAGCUGCAGAAAGGGCCGUCACCAAUAAAUGCUUUCAGCAACUUCCCUAUAGGCUUGAACUCAAACUUGAAUGUAAAUAUGGAUAUGAACAGUAUUAAAGAGCCACAGUCAAGACUAAGGAAGUGGACUACAGUGGACAGCAUUUCUGUGAACACAUCUUUGGAUCAAAACUCCAGCAAACAUGGUGCUAUUUCAAGUGGUUUCAGGCUGGAAGAGUCUCCGUUUGUUCCCUAUGACUUUAUGAACAGCAGUACUUCUCCAGCCAGUCCUCCAGGUUCAAUAGGAGACGGCUGGCCACGUGCCAAAUCGCCUAACGGCUCUAGCAGUGUUAAUUGGCCACCAGAAUUUCGCCCUGGUGAACCAUGGAAAGGUUAUCCAAACAUCGACCCUGAAACUGACCCUUACGUCACUCCUGGCAGUGUCAUAAACAAUCUUUCAAUUAAUACUGUGCGGGAAGUUGACCACCUCAGGGACAGGAACAGUGGGUCAUCCUCAUCCUUGAACACCACGCUGCCUUCAACUAGUGCCUGGUCAUCCAUUCGUGCCUCCAACUACAACGUUCCCCUCAGCAGUACAGCACAAAGCACUUCAGCCAGAAAUAGUGAUUCCAAAUUGACAUGGUCUCCUGGUUCAGUUACAAACACCUCUCUGGCUCAUGAGCUGUGGAAGGUCCCUUUACCACCUAAAAACAUCACUGCUCCGUCCCGCCCACCUCCGGGACUGACUGGUCAGAAGCCACCCUUGUCUACGUGGGAUAACUCUCCCCUUCGUGUAGGUGGAGGAUGGGGAAAUUCUGACGCCAGGUAUACCCCAGGUUCCAGCUGGGGUGAGAGCAGCUCAGGGAGAAUAACAAAUUGGCUUGUUCUAAAGAACCUUACACCUCAGAUCGAUGGCUCAACUCUGCGUACUCUGUGCAUGCAGCACGGCCCACUGAUAACAUUCCACCUGAACCUCCCACAUGGAAAUGCCCUGGUCCGUUACAGCUCAAAAGAAGAGGUAGUGAAGGCACAGAAGUCUCUGCACAUGUGUGUAUUGGGGAACACUACUAUUCUUGCUGAGUUUGCCAGUGAAGAGGAGAUCAGCCGUUUCUUUGCACAAAGUCAGUCUCUGACCCCUUCUCCCGGCUGGCAGUCUCUCGGGUCCAGCCAGAGCCGGCUGGGCUCCCUCGACUGUUCGCACUCGUUCUCCAGCCGGACCGAUCUCAAUCACUGGAAUGGUGCUGGGCUGUCGGGAACGAGCUGUGGAGACCUUCACGGCACUUCACUCUGGGGGGCCCCCCAUUAUUCCACAAGCCUGUGGGGGCCUCCCAGCAGCAGCGACCCCCGGGGAAUGAGCAGCCCGUCCCCCAUUAAUGCUUUUCUUUCUGUUGACCACCUGGGUGGGGGUGGAGAGUCCAUGUAGCGCGUAGACGCAGACUCACGAACUGUGACCUCAAGACGCGAAAGAAAGGAGCACUAAGUUGGGCUCGCCGCCUGCAGCCAGGGGCCACCUGUGGGAACAGCUAUUCUCUGCACAUUUUCCACUUUGUUUUCCCUGAAACAUAUCAGUUUGAAUACUUGAAUCAUGCAGGCCAAUAUUAUAAUGUGAAAAGGUAUCUAUCUAUUUACACUCCCAAAUAGCGCCAUACAUGCUAAACCGUAUAGAAUGAGCUCACGUGUAUAGUCAUCAUGUUUAGCCUUUGGGUUUGGUUUCUUUUUGGUUUUUUGUUUUUUGCCUUCCUUGUUUCCCUCCCCAUCCCUUACCCCAUUUUCGUUUUCCUCCCCCCCCUUUCUUUUUUUUCUUUUCCUUUUUUUUUUUAUUUUUUUUAUUUUUUUGGCAAAACCAUUUUUUUGGGCUGAUAAUGUAUGAGCUUUUAACUUUGCACUGAAUGAUGUUCUCUCCGUCUCAUCGGCAAUAUGGGGGGGCAGCUGUUCCAGUGUAAAUGUUUACUCAAGGAUGUUCUUAAAAGGUGUGCGCUCUCUACUAUGCCUUGAUGUUUGCCUACCUUAUUGUGGUGUUGUGGAGUUUAAAACAUCGAGUUCUGAUGCUGACUUAGGACUAUAAAUGAAAGUAUUGCACCAGUGUUUUCAUGUUCUAAAACUAAAGAAUUUCGCUCUGCAGUUUGAAAAACUGUGGCCACAGCUGUGACUUGCAGCCCCCCCUGCCACCCAGGACGGGCCCUGCACUUUGAAUAGGCUUUCCAUUUUGUUUUGAAGGUUCCCACGUUGAACCUUCUUGUUUACAGAUUUUUUUGUUUGUUUUUUGAGAAAAAAAAAAAUGUUUACUCUUCCAUCAUUUAAAAAAAAUGUAAAAGAAAAAAAAAAAAAAAUGGAGGAUGAUUUACAAGAUGCUUUCUAUCUCUGGGAAAAAGGAGCAGCAUUUGGCCAUGUUCUUUUGUUUUUCUAUUCCUGUCCUAAAUCGAAGAGCAUGGUUCUCAGGAAAACCAGUUCCCCAGUUAGGAAAAAAUAAAAAAAUAAAAAAUUAAAAAAAAAAAAAAAAAAA